AUGACAGACGCAUUUGCCUUCUCAUAUCCAUCUCCGUUAGCGGGAUACGAGAACCUAGAGCCGUUAUCCGACGAGCGAGCCGAAGACGGCAAGUCAUUGAAGAACCCUCAGCAUGGCGUAUUAAGCAAAGCCUACUCGGAAUUUCCCGACCCUCUUUCCAAAGGCCGGGAGGGAGGAUUCGACAUUCACAUCUAUCAUUUCCAGAACAACCCUGAUCAAGCCGCAUACGCCAAAGCGCUCCAUGAAAGAGUUAGACGAGAAUUUCCCGAGCUUCGAAUCUAUACUUUCUGGGACCGGCCUAUUGGCCCGCACCCGGUGGCAAUGUUCGAAGUAAAUUUGUUCACGCCCGCGCAGUUUGGAGCCUUUAUUCCCUGGUUGGUUAUCAACCGGGGACCGCUUAGCGCUCUCAUUCAUCCCAAUACAGUGGCAUCAGAGGAUGAGCGAAAUCACACCCAACGCGCGACUUGGCUUGGUGAUCGGAUUCCGUUGGAUUUGAGACUUUUUAAGCUGAUGAAGGCGAAGCAGGAAAACCUGUAG